AUGGAGUAUAUGCUCAUUAUUGAAAUUUUUAAGAUUUGCUUCAUUGACCAUUGUGGGCGUGUUUUGCCCAUUGUCCGGGGCAAAAGAAACAAUGACACCUUCAUGAGUAGUGAUAUUAGUAAUAGCUCACAAACUUUCGGCCAUACUGUAAGCGGUAGGGGAAAAAGAGAUCAGAUUGAUGACGUGGCCGGAGUAGAGCUAUGCCGUGAUGGACUAGACCUACAAGGAAGAGAAAGUGAGGUGGUGAAUUCUCGCGCGACGUUUUUGGCGUUUGGAUGCGAUGAUAAAGUCCGUUCCUAUUCUUCUCCUUUAUUUGUCGAAGCUAAGGAUUUCCAUCGUUCAAACGCUUCCUGCUGGAGAGCUUGUUCCACCAUCACUUAUUCUUGUUCUUCCUCCUCGUCCUCAAGGAGCAGUGCUUAUAUUCCUAAACUCGAGCCAUUUAGCCGAACCAGGCUCCAAAGAGCUGUCAAGGAACCGCCGUUGAUUGAAAAGUCGGCGAAUAAACUCGCCGAUUAUUGUUCGACGCUUGAAGGAGAUAAUUCUUAUACCUGCUGGGGAGCUUAUUUUGAGCUGAGAGAUUUGGAAAGAGAAUCACCGAAAGAGGAUGUAGAGAAGUUAAUUCUUCAAGCAGCCGGGGUGAAGUCCUUGAUCGGAUGUUUGCAUGGAAUUUCCUCAAUGCACAAAGGAAGGAAGAAUGGUUUUGGUUUCAUGGCACCUAUGACUGUGGAGAAAGAAAGAGACAGAACAUGUCCCAUACCUGAUGGAUUGCCAAAAUCUAAGGAAGAGCUAGAAGAGAAAGAGAGAGCUAGAAUGCCAGAUUCGCCAUAUACUAGAUUGCUUUGGACUAACCGAAGAUUUCCUGCUUGGUAUUCUCCUACUCCUGACCAUGAAACAUAUUGAUAAAUAUGCCGCAUUUUGUUGAGAACUUUUGUCAAGUUGCCUCUAUGUAUAGGUGAUAUAAAUAGAAGUGUUGCCGUGUGAGUUCUAUGUAUAGCUGAUAUAAAUAAAAUAUAGGUAUUUGUAAUGGAAAGUUCUUUGUGCUGGAAGUUGUGUUUCCAACAUUCAGCAUCUAUGACCUUUGUGAAUAUAUUUCAACGUUUCAGUUGUUACAUGAUGAGUUGAACAAAUGUAUAAUAGCUCUCUAUAAAUAUCUUUUUUAAUUUUUC